UUUCAGCUAUCACGGUCCACUACCACCCCUCAAGAGCUCCGUCCGUCGCCAUAAGCCGCCGCAUUCCCCGUCGUCGACGAAAAUGGGCUCUAAAGAAAUCGCCGGACCGUCUCUCCCUCACGCCUUACUCAUCUCGUUUCCCGGGCAGGGCCACGUGAACCCGCUGCUCAGGCUGGGAAAGCGGCUGGCCAGCAAGGGCCUCCUCGUCACCUUCUCGGCGCCGGAAACGGUGGGGAGAGACAUGAGAAAAGCCAACAGCAACAUCUCCGGCGAACCCACGCCGUACGGCGACGGCAUGAUAAGGUUCGAGUUCUUCGACGACGAGUUCCCGCACUCCGAGAACGGCGACGACGUCGACUUUUACAUCGAUCAUCUCCAGCUGGUUGGCUCCCGGAAAGUGGCGGAGAUGGUGAAGGAAUAUGAAAAGCAAGGCCGGCCGGUUUGCUGUUUGAUCCAUAAUCCGUUCAUUCCUUGGGUUUCCGACGUGGCGGAGAGCCUGGGGAUUCCAAACGCCGUGCUUUGGGUUCAAUCUUGCGCUUCCUUUUCUUGCUAUUACCAUUACUAUAAUAAAUCAGUUCCGUUCCCGUCGGAAUCGGAGCCGGAAAGUGAUGUUCAGUUGCCGUGCAUGCCAUUGUUGAAGUACGAUGAAAUCCCGAGUUUCUUGCACCCUUCCAGUCCCUUUCCAUUUCUGGCAAGAGCCGUUUUAGGGCAAUUCAAGAACUUAUCCAAACCCUUCUGUAUACUAAUGGACACUUUCCAGGAGCUCGAAGGAGAGGUUCUUGAAUGCAUGUCUAAAUCGUGUCCCAUCAUGACGGUGGGCCCACUUUUCAAGGACCCCGAAAAACUCGCAGGAUUGUCGGAAGUUCGCGGCGACUUCGUGAAAGUCGACGACUGCAUCGAGUGGCUGGACUCCAAGCCGCCGGCUUCCGUCGUGUACAUAUCCUUCGGGAGCAUCGCCGUCUUGAAACAGGAACAAGUGGACGAGAUAGCGGAGGGGCUGUUGAGCUCCGGCCUGAAUUUCCUGUGGUCCAUGAAGCCGCCGAGCAACUGGGCGGCGUUCAAGCCGGCGGUGCUGCCGGAAGGGUUCCUGGAGAGAGCGGGGGAGAAAGGGAGAGUGGUGCAAUGGUGCCCGCAAGAGCGCGUGUUGGCCCACCCUUCCGUCGCCUGUUUCGUGACCCAUUGCGGGUGGAAUUCCUCCAUGGAAGCCCUCACCAUCGGGACGCCCACCAUAGCUUUCCCGCAAUGGGGCGAUCAAGUCACCAACGCAAAAUACUCCGUCGAUGUUUUCAAGACCGGACUGAGAUUGUGCAGAGGUGAGGCCGAAGAUAGGCUAAUCCCGCGGGAAGAGAUAGAGAAGUGCUUGCUGGAAGCGACGAGCGGCCCAACGGCGGCGAAGAUUAGAGAGAAUGCAGCCAAGUGGAAGAAGAAAGCGGAGGAAGCGGUGGAAGACGGCGGCUCAUCCGACCGCAACAUGCAACGGUUUGUAAACGAAAUUCUUCACCGUUCGAGCAACGGUAAAGUUGAAAAGCAUCUUCCCAACGGCAAAGUAAUUUAAGUUGCAUUGUAGGAUCGUCGGCAGAUUAAUAUAUUAUUUACAAAAAUUAUUUUGGUGAAA